GAUGUGAGAGAUACAUUAGACCAGCACGGUGUUGAAUACUCAUUCAAUACAAGACCAUUAUAGUACAAAAGAAAAAAAGACACUUAUUGAGGAAUAUAAAAACGAAAUGUUUAAUUUUAAACCAAGGCGCGUAAACAACAAGUAAAGAAUAUAUUGGAAUUAAAAUACAUCGGCCAGCUAGUCCUCAAAGGAUUCAUAAAGCAUUUAUUUUUGGAAUUGACAAAAACACAUGAGGAUAUUAAAGUUGCUUUAAGGACCCAGUAAACCGACCGAGGCAUACAGACUGGAGUAUAAACACAAAGGAAACUAGCCCCAGAAGCUGAAAACAAAAUUAAAAUGGAUUCAAAUCAGGGACAGUUCCCCUAAGAUAUGUGCAGAUGAUCAAAUGACUAGAGAAAACUAGAGAGCUCUAUGCAAAGCUGCUGGAUUGCUAACUCAACAUGCUUACUGUACAUGAAAAUAAAAUCCACCCAGAUGAAGUGGAUACCUACCACGGCAGUUUCAUCAGCAGAAGUCAAAUAUUGUUCAGCACGAACCAAAAGCAACACUGCAUUAGGUCUUGGAUUAAAGAAAAUAUCAAGAAGAAAGAGUGCAAGUAUUAUGUGGAAAACACAGCAGGAGCAUUCGUUGGAAAAGAAAUCUGUAUGUGUGGCUAUAUUAAGGCGUCUCAUUCCGAAGAAGCUGUUAAACAUGAAGAGUUCCUGGGUGAAACGUGGGAUCCGAAGAGGCAUGUCAGUGAAGAACCUACUGAUGCGUACGGGGACAUCAGGUUCACUGGCUCGGUGCAAAACAUUGGCAAGUUUGUGCGGGUCUCCUCAGACACUAAACCGGACACCCUGUACAAGCUGAUGAGAGACCACUGGGGGCUCAACGUUCCCAACCUGCUGAUCUCAGUCACCGGAGGAGCCAAGAACUUCCACAUGAAGCCCAGGCUGAAGAACAUGUUCCGCAGGGGACUCAUCAAGGUGGCCCGCUCCACAGGUGCUUGGAUUGUGACGGGGGGCUCCCAUGCCGGGGUAAUGAAGCACGUCGGAGAAGCUGUUCGAGACUACACCAUGAGCAGCAGCUCCAAGGAAGGGAAGAUCGUGGCAAUCGGCAUAGCAACCUGGGGGAUUGUACACAACCGUAAAUGCCUGGUCAGCAGUGAGGGAAAGUUCCCUGCCGAGUACACCCUGGAUGAGGAGAGUCAAGGCAGGCUGUCCUGUCUGGAUACCAACCACUCCCACUUCAUCCUGGUAGACAAUGGCACUAACGGUACAUAUGGUGUGGAGAUCGCACUGAGGGGCAAGCUGGAGAAAUUCAUCUGUGAACAGACCCUGGAAAGCACAGACAAUGGAAUAAAAAUCCCUGUCGUCUGUGUAGUACUGGAGGGAGGACCAGGCACAUUAGACACUAUCUACAGUGCCAUGAUGAACGGCACCCCAUGUGUAGUGAUGGAGGGGUCAGGGCGUGUGGCGGAUGUGAUUGCUCAGGUGGCAAACCUGCCUCUGUCUGAGAUCACAAUUUCACACAUCCAGAAACAACUGAAGACAUACUUUGCUGAGGACUUCAAAACCUUUUCUGAUAUCAAAAUCUUGGAAUGGACUAAGAAGAUUCAGGACAUAGUGAGAAUGCAGCAGCUUUUGACAGUUUUCCGGUUAGAGAAAGAAGACCAGAAUGACGUGGAUGUAGCCAUCCUCCAGGCACUUUUGAAAGCUUCGAAAAGCCUUGAUAAUCAAGGUAAAGAGAACUGGGAUCACCAGCUCAAGCUGGCUGUAGCCUGGAACAGAGUGGACAUCGCCAAGAGUGAGAUUUUCACAGAUGACAAGCAGUGGAAGUCCAUUGACCUGAGUGAUGUGAUGCUGGCAGCGCUGUUGGGAGACAAGCCUGACUUUGUGAAGCUGUUUCUUGAGAAUGGGGUGCACCUGAAGGAGUUCCUGACUGAGAAGAGGCUGCUGGCACUCUACAACAACCUGCCACCCACCAGCUUGUGCCUCCGCAGGAUCCUGAAGAAGCAGGAGGAGGAGAAGCUGUACGUGAAGAAGCCCAGGACCUCCUCCAGCUGGAGCAUCCAGCUGUACCACGUGUCCGACGUGCUCUGCGACCUGCUGGGUGGCAUCACCAAGCCCCUCUACCCCAGGCCCAGGGACAGGUCAACGCAUGCAGUGCCAAUACCACACAUCAGGAUAAACCUUGGAUCAAAUGACCUGGAGAGUUCAAUAGUUGAAGAGGAAGAGCUUGAUCCUACCAGAGACCUCUUCAUUUGGGCAAUUUUAGAAAACAGGAAAGAGAUAGCCGACAUUAUCUGGCAACAGAGCCAGGAUUGCAUUGCCACAGCCCUGGCAGCCAGCAAGAUCCUGAAGGAACUAGCCAAAGAGGAGGAGGACACAGACCUGUCAGAGGACACAGGAGCUCUUGCAGAGCAAUACGAGAAACAAGCCAUUGGGGUGUUUACAGAGUGCCACCGGAGAGAUGAACUUCGUGCCCAAAGGCUGCUGACCCGGGAGUCGGGGACCUGGGGGAACACGACCUGUCUGCGUCUGGCUCUGGAGGCUGACGACAAAAACUUUGUGGCGCAAGGAGGAGUCCAGACCCUUCUUACACAGAUCUGGUGGGGAGAGCUGGCGGUGGACACCAGGAUGUGGAAGGUGUUGUUGUGCAUGUUUAUCUUUCCUCUCAUCUACACUGGCCUCAUCACAUUCAGACAGGACGAGGAGAUCAAAAAGAGAAACCCUCAAAGAGACAUUAUGGACAGCAAUGACUCUGUGGCACUGAACUCCACUGACAAAAAGCUGCAAUCCCGAUCUUGGAGGCUCUCUGAGGAGAACCUGAAGCCACUGACACGUUGCAGCCGCCUCACAGGUUUCUACAGCUCUCCCGUGGUCGUCUUCUACUGGAACAUCUUGUCCUACUUCGGGUUCCUCUGGCUGUUUGCCUAUGUGUUGAUGAUCGAUUUCCAGGUCACUCCAUCAUGGAAGGAGAUACUGCUCUACAUCUGGCUCUUCACUCUGGUUUGUGAGGAGAUUAGGCAGUUUUUUCAUGAUCCAGAUGGAUUUGGGUUUCGUAGGAAGGCAGCCAAUUACUUCAGUGACCAAUGGAACCAGUUUGAUGUGGUUUCGAUUUGUAUUUUCAUAGCUGGACUAGCAUGCAGGUUGACCACCACUGCUUUCUAUGAGGGCCGGAUCAUUCUUGCCCUUGAUUUUAACAUUUGGUGCCUGCGCCUGAUGGCCAUCUUUACAGUUAACAAAAAUCUUGGACCAAAGAUUAUCAUAGUGAAAAGAAUGAUGAAGGAUAUCUUCUUCUUCCUGUUUUUGCUGGCAGUUUGGGUGUUGGCGUAUGGAGUUGCAAACCAAGCCAUCCUGAUCCACAAUGAGGAGCGCCUGGACUGGAUCAUCCGGGGAGCUGUCUACGAGCCGUACCUCACCAUAUUUGGCCAGAUACCGUCAAGAAUUGAUAAUAAUGAUUUUGACAUCAGUCAGUGUACUGUAGCUGGCACUGACCCUCUGAAACCAAAGUGCCCAGUUCUCAGUGACAAUAACCAGCCUGCUUCCCCGCAGUGGAUCACCAUCAUUUUGCUUUGCAUUUACCUGCUUUUUGCGAACAUAUUGUUACUCAACCUUCUGAUUGCAAUGUUCAACUACACAUUUCAAGAUGUUCAGGACAACACAGACAAGAUCUGGAAGUUCCAGCGUUAUGGUCUGAUUGUGGAGUACCACAGCCAGCCUCCAUUCCCGCCCCCUUUGAUCAUCUUCAGUCACCUCCACUUUCUCAUAGAACACAUCUUCUGCAGGCCUAAGACUCACAAGCAGUUCAAGGAGAAGUUGCCAUGGAACCAAGAAACUGGGCUGCUUUCAUGGGAGGCUUUCAUGAAAGAAAACUAUCUGACAGACCUGCAUAACGAACUGAAUCAGAGCACUGAUAACAAGAUACGGGACACUUCAGAAAAAGUUGGCAUGAUGGUGGAUUUCUUGGAAAGAGACAAGGAAAGACAAUGUGGUAUUGUGGAGAAGAGACUGGCCCAUCUCGAAGAACAGGCGUUGCUGUCUGCUAAAGCUUUAAACUGGAUUAUGAAUGCUCUAAAGAGUAAAGGUUAUGGUUGUCAAGACGAAGUUCCACUGCUUUUACCCAACAGUAAAAGUAUCGAUACAGCAGACAUGAACUCCACAGAGGAGAGUGACGAUGGAAAUCCUCAUUAUCACCUCAAUGCUCGACAGCUUCUCUACCCUGCUUCCAGUGUGAAACGCUUUCCAGUUCCGGAUGAGAAAGUACCUUGGGAGGUACAGUUUGAUGCAUACAGCCCUACAAUUUAUAAUUCAGAUAGUGUAUCAAGAGCAAACAGUGAGAAUCACAAAGAAUCUUCAGAUGUUGCCUCCACAGCGAACUGCAAAAACCCAGUAGGAAGGACUGGUUUGGAAGGAAAGGGGAAGUUAUACUGGUUGGGACCAAAUCAUGCCCUGGACCCAGUCAUUACACGCUGGAAGAGGAGCUCCGAUGACUCAGUGUCCAAGACAGGCACAAAGAAAGUUUUGGAAUUCUUUGCUAUCAAGCGCAAAAAAUAUGAGCUUUGGGCCUUUCCAGGGGGAGUGCUUCAGCUGGGUGAGACUUUACCAAAAAGGCUGAAGCAGCUGCUAAACACCAAGCUACAGGAAGAGGUCCAGAGCAUGCUGGGUGCCGCCACCAAGGUUUAUGAGGGAUAUGUUGAUGACCCCAGGAACACAGAUAAUGCAUGGGUUGAGACUACUGCAAUCAAUAUACACUUUGAUGAUACCAAGCACUCAGUGCUUGAAUAUUUAAAUACAAUGUGUCUACAAGACUCCAAUACAGACGUCUCUGUCAGGUGGCAGGUAGUGGAUCAAAAGAUCCCUCUGUAUGGGAACCACAAAGAGAUUCUGCAGAAAGUUGCUCAAAUCCAUAAUGCACAUUACUGACGCAUGCGACUCACACUGCUGAAAAGUUUAAAGAAUGACGGUCUUAUGUGCUUAAAUACCCUUCAUUUGUAACAUGCAAUGUGAAAAUGAAUGUAAUUUAAGAGUGAAAUAUACAUAGGAAACAGGUGGUUAUUUUUUCCUUACUAGUAAAGACGCUCCGCGCGGAGUGCAGGAUGUGCCCUAUAGCCUGGAGAUCGCAGGUUCGAAUCCAGGCUAUGUCACAGCCGACCGUGACCAAGAGUUCCUAGGGGAUGGCGCACAAUUGGCUCAGCGCUGCCUGGGUAGGGAGGGCAGUGGAGCCGCCAGAUCUGUGUUGUCCUCCGGGACUAUAGGUUUGGUGGCAUUGCUGUGGAUCUGCAGUGCGAAAAAUGGCGGCUUGGCAGGAGCACGUUUCGGAGGACGCGUGUUCCAGCCGCCGUUUCCCGAGUCGGCGGGGGGGGGGGGGGGGUUUGCAAGCGGUGAGCCGAGGAUACAGAUAAUAAUUGGGCAUGCUAAAUUGGGGUGAAAACCGGGGUAAAAUAAUUGGCGACGACUAAAUUAAAAAAAAAACUUUUGUACUUUAAAGCAUGAGUUUUUUUUUUUUUUUUAAAGAACAUUAUAGUUGAUUUUUUUUAAUUCAUUCAUUCAUUAAUCAUUUUUAAGUAAGAAAACUAUUUUGCCAAAGAUCCUGAGAGCACUUUAUUACGUUUUGUCAACACAAUGAGACUGUUAGUAGCACAUACAGAAAACUUUUGCAGAUUUAAUAUUUUCCAGCAGGCUGAUUUCAAAAGUCAAUGUUAUAGAAUUACACAAGGUGUGGGGGGCAUAGAAGAGAGGACUGUGCCUAAUGUUGCCCCCUAAUGAAAGCGACCAGUUGUUGUCUGUCUGUCAUAUACAGACACUGUGUUCCAUAAGUAGGCAGUUUCCUUUUACAAAACUUCCAUCUUCGUCCAUGGAAAAUGAAUACAGCUUAUCUGUGUGCUGUUAGUGGUCACAUACUUAAGGAACACACAAUACAGACAUGCUGUUCAUAAGUAAAUAGAUGCUAUAUAAACACUUAUUGCAUGGCAAUCAGCAACAGUGAGUUUUAAUUGUAUGUAAAACUAUUGUAUGUAUCUUUAAAGUCAAAGAAAACCUGAAAAGCAAGUACAAUUAAGAAUAAGCAUUACCUCAAAACAAAUCAAUACAUUGUAUAAUCUUUCUGUUUUUUCAUGUGAUAUAUACAUCUUGAAAUGUAGAAUGCCAGCUUCAUGUAGCACAGCCGUAUCAUCUUCUUCAGCCCCAGGCCGAUAUAAAAUAAGGAAUACUGUACAAAUACAGUAUAAAAUUGAGAAUGUUGUUGUGUUGCUAUUGCUGUAAAGUAGGGCUCUAAAUCUGUGGUUCCCAACCCUGGUCUUGGGACCGCCUGUGUCUGCUGGAUUUCAUUCCAACUGCUUAAUUAGACCCUUCAUUGAAGUGAUACUUUGCUUA